CCGCCACUUCCUGGUAUGCAGAAGUGAGAAGAAGUGGCUGGCGCUUUUCUUCUGACUGCAAGGACGUUAACCAGAGGACUGCAGGAAGAGGAUGAUUGACGUGAGGGCCUGGGCGGAGUAUGUGGUGGAGUGGGCGGCCAAGGACCCCUACGGCUUCCUGACCACUGUCAUCCUGGCGCUCACGCCGCUCUUCAUCGCCAGCGCCCUGCUGUCAUGGAAACUAGCCAAGAUGAUCGAGGCUAGGGACCGCGAGCAGAAGAAGAAGCAGAAGCGGCAGGAGAACAUCGCCCGGGCGAAGAGGCAGAAGAGGGACUGAGAGCGACCGAGGGGCCGGGCGAGUGACUGCUCCACCCGAGAGCGGGCGGGGCCACGGUCUGCUGCGCAGGGAUUUUGUGGGAGGCAUUUGACAGCACUGUGAGACACGGGGACGGGCGUGCUGUCCAGCAGCGUCCUGCCGGUGACGGCGCAUUCCUCUGCGAAGCCUGCCGGGCAGGGGCCUGCUGCCCGCUGCAUUCCAUUCAGCACACCUCCACGCUUUGAUCACAGACUUUCACUCCUCCUCUCUGUAGCGCCCCGCAUUCAGUUCAUGCCACUAACAAAAGUCCUUUCAGAAUAUGUGUUCAUUUUUAAUACAAGAAUUUAUACAUUUCCCAAAUAGCGCUUUGAAAAUUGCUGAUGUGGGCCUUACUGUGCCUUUCAACAGUGUCUCUUAGAAAUCCCAAAGGCAGGUGCCUCGGAGCUCAAACAGAGAGGGCACUGAUGGGGAAAUCAGCAGUACGUUUGUUUGAAAUUACACUGGCAAAAAAGUGCCAAGGUGCUGAAGAUACAGCCUAGCGAUCUAGUCUCAUCACACUGUCUUACUGUAGACAUGAUUCUCUCUUCACACUUUUAUAUUUAAAGAAAUGAUCUUUUUCUUCUUGGAAUGAGGAAAUGUAUGUGGUAAAUACUGGGAUUGGAUAGUGAUGCUCUUUGACAUGAAAUGAACCCUGAUCAUUUUAACGUGAGGAACGGAAAAGACGAGAUUUGUGACCUGCUGGGUUCUGUGCCACUUUACUCUCAGCUGGUCCGGUUCUGGAUUUACCCAAGUUAUUUGCUGUUUUAUUUGUGCUUGAAACAAAGACCAAUUAAAUGAU